CUACCUUCUUCUCCUCCGCCCUUGAAACACCUCUCGUCUUGAUUUUGAGUUGCUGUCAUCCGCUGCCGCUGCGCGAAUCAGGAACUUUGCAAACAACAGCGGUCGAGACCCUUCAUCUUCUUCCGUCUGCCUUUCUUGGCUUUCUUGUGUUUUUCUAUAUCUUCUCUGCUGCCCCAAUGCGAUAGCUUUUCUCUGUUACUCCUCUUUUCUUCCUCUUCUCCUCUCUCCUCUACUAUAUCUGAUCUGUAGAUGGAAGAGUCCACCUCCACCCUCGACUCCAUCAAAGAGAUCUCCUUUGGCUCCACCGCAGGAGUAGCUGGAAAGCUCUUUGAAUACCCCUUCGACACCGUCAAAGUCAGGCUACAAUCCCAACCUGAUGGCGUGCCUCUGAGAUUCAAAGGUCCGCUCGAUUGCUUCGAGCAGACGUGGCGGAAGGAGGGCAUUUAUGGAUUCUUCAGGGGCAUCUCCUCCCCCCUCGUCGGCGCAGCAGCUGAAAACUCCUCUCUCUUCUUCAGCUACCGGCUCGCGCAAAAAACCGCCCGCUACCUCUUCUACCCAACCCUCGCCCCUCAAACCGACCUCCCGAUGUCCUCCCUCCUCGUGUGCGGCGCCGUCAGCGGCUCCUUCACGUCCUUCAUCCUCACCCCGAUCGAGCUCAUCAAAUGCCAGAUGCAAGUCACAAACCUCCGUCUCUACGACCCCUCGCGCUCUACCUCCACCACUCGCUCGCCCUCCUCUCUCACACUAAAACACCACACAAGCAACGUCGUCCCCGUCCGCGCGCUCUCGUACUCCUCCGCCACAGCACCGCCCCCCUCCGCACUCACGCUAAUCUCCCAAGUCUACCGCGACCACGGCCUCGCCGGCUUCUGGCGCGGUCAACUCGGCACUUUUUUCCGCGAAACCGGCGGCGGCGCAGCCUGGUUCGGCGCGUACGAAUACGUCAGCGGUGUUCUCCGCCGUCGUCGCCUCCCUCUAUCAUCCACAUCGACAUCGACAUCGACAUCGACAUCGACAACGCAGAUAUCAGGCAACUCGAUGACGGACUCGAUGAUCGCGGGCGCGGUGGCAGGCGUGUCGUAUAACCUCUCGCUCUUCCCCGCCGACAGCAUCAAAUCGCGCAUGCAAACCGACGCCGUGCUGAUCGGUUCGUCAUCAGCAAGCAAGACCGGCGCGGCGGUCGACCGCGGGUUCUGGAGCGUGGGCAAGGAGAUGUAUCGCGCGGGCGGGGUAGCCGUGUUUUAUAGAGGGUGCGGGAUGACUGUUUUGCGGAGCGCGCCGAGUAGUGCGAUUAUUUUCUUGACGUAUGAGUAUUUGAAGAAGACGUGGGGAUGAUGAGAAAAUAAGUUAGGCUUAAAACGAAGAAGGGGACGGCAGCGGUUUAGGGCAGAUAUGCUAUGCGAUGCUUAUCCGCAAUCAAUAAAAUAUUAUCUACCAACCGAUAAGAGGCGACAGUAUUCUAAUCACCAGAUUUAGCUAAAUCAGAGAUGCGCAGGGGCACAUGUGUUGGCAGGCGCUAAACACUGGAUAAAAGCAAGGGCUCACCACAGCAAGGAGGACUAUCGCGAGUCAUCGAUCUGUCAAGAGCCCGUUUGCACCGCAUCGAUGGUGAUAUCUUCAUUCGGCCCUGGAUUAUUGCAGACAAAUAACCAGAGCCAAGAUGUGUUGAUGUACUAAUAUUUCUUUAUAUUAUAAUAUGAAUACAGUAUAUGGGAGUUGAUGGGAGACGAG